CAACCCAACCCAAACUCACUCUUGCGCUGAUCAGUUGCUCUAAUUCUUUCUGUUUGCAAGUGAAGAGCUUUCUUUCCAUAUCUAUGGCUGAACUGAUUGCUGGAGCCUUUUUCACCGCUUCUUUUGAGCGGUUCUGUAAUAUGAUUCUUUCUGGCGAGGUUCUCAAAUUUGUUAGCGCAAAGAAACUCAAUGAUAGGAUGCUCAAGAAGUUCAAGACCAUGUUGCUGUCUGUUAAGGCAUUGCUGAAUGAUGCUGAGAAGAAGCAAAUAUCCGACCCAGAUGUAAGGCAGUGGCUGGAUGAGCUCAGAGACACCAUGUACGAUGCAGAGGACUUGGCCUAUGAGAUCCAGACUGAAGCUUUGCGAUGCAAGAUUGAAGGUGGUCAGUCUGGAAGCCGCAUAUUCCAGGUAUUUAAUUUCACAUCUCGAUUCAAUAUUAAGAAUCUUGAAGAUAGGAUAGUGGAGAUCUUUCACACAUUUGAAGGCGUUGUGAACCAAAAAGAUCUCCUUGGUUUGACUCCAUCAGUAGGUGUUCAUCUGAAUAGAUCUUCAUCAUCUUCUCCACAACUACUACCUGUGGAAGAAGAAUCUGAUAUCUACGGCAGAGACGAUGACAAAGCUGCUAUCGUUAAGCUGCUGCUGUCUGAUGAUGAUCAUGAUGAUGUGGUAGGUGGUAAUAAGAUAUCUGUAAUUCCCAUUGUGGGCAUGGGCGGUAUUGGCAAGACCACCCUUGCUCAUCUUGUUUUUAAUGAUGUCAACGUGGUGAAAAAGUUUGACCUCAAGGCUUGGGUUACAGUAUCAGAUGAAUUUGAUGUUUUCACAUUGACAAAAACAAUUUUUGAAACAAUCACUGGGCAAAAGGAUUGCAGUAUCAAGCAUCCACAUCAACUUCAAUGUGAAUUAAAAAAGGCUAUAGAAGGGAAGAAGUUUCUUUACGUUCUAGAUGAUGUUUGGAACGAAAAUUAUAACCUUUGGGAUAAUUUAAGGAGUCAAUUUACAUUUGGAGCAUCAGGGAGUAAAAUCAUUGUUACUACACGCAAUGAAAAAAUAGGAUCUAUGAUGGGUACCGUUCCCAUUUAUUAUAUUGGAAUAAUAUCAAAUGAAGAUAGUUGGCAAUUAUUUGCAAAACACGCAUUCCAAAAAAUAAUAAAUCGAAGUGCACUUCAAGAGUUCGAAGAAAUCGGUAGAAAAAUUGUCAGAAAAUGCAAUGGCCUUCCUUUAGCUAUUAAAUCGCUUGGUGGUCUUUUGUGCUACAAAAAGCAUAUCGAUGAAUGGGAAGAUAUACUAAAUAGUGACACAUGGAAGAUGGAGGAGUGUAACAUUCUUCCCGCACUUUGGUUGAGCUACAACUAUUUGCCUCCACAUCUUAAACGGUGUUUUGCUUAUUGUUCAAUCUUUCCUAAAGAUUUUGAAAUUGACAAGGAAAGAUUAAUUCUGUUAUGGAUGGCAGAAGAUCUUUUACUGCCCCAAGAAAAUAUGACGCUAGAAGAAAUUGGGGAGAACUACUUUAAUGAUCUCGUAUCAAGGUCAUUCAUUCAUUAUACUAAAGGCGUUGUAUUCCCUUAUUACCAUAUGCAUGACCUUGUUAACGAUUUAGCUAGCUUUGUGUCAGGAGAAUUUUGUUUGAGAAUGGGUGAUGGCUCCUUCAAAGGUACUACAGGGAAGAUUCGUCAUUUGUCUUACAUGACAUCUAAGAGCCAUGAUAUCAAGAAGCUAGAAGAAUAUUCAUCCAAAAGUAAGGUGCUGCGCUCUUUAUUGUUUGAUUCUAGAAUAUUGUCCGUACAAUUUUUGGCAAAUCUCGAACAAUGUCUGAAAGGGAUGCGAUGCCUAAGAAUGCUUUCUCUAUGUGAGAAUCAUAUUAUGACAUGCUCUGGUUUGGUUCCUAUUACGAUAAGCCUCGAUUUGAUUGGCAAUUUGAAGCUUUUAAGGUAUUUAAACUUAUCUAAUACUGAUAUUAAAGAAUUACCCGAUACGAUUUGCACUCUAUACAAUUUGCAGACUCUCCUGUUAGAAUAUUGCACACAUCUUUAUCGGUUGUCUAGUUCAAUCGGCAAUUUGAAGCACCUAAGAUACUUGAAGUUGUCAGCGUGCCGUAACAUCAAAGAGAUACCUGAUGGAUUGUGUAAUUUGCACAAUCUGCAUUAUCUGGGAUUGAGGAAUUGCAAUUCUCUUUCUCGUUUACCAACCAAUAUGUCAAGAAUGAUCAACCUGCGUUAUCUGUACUUUUUCAAUACUGGGGUGAGAGAGAUGCCACCACAAAUGUGCAAAUUGAAACAUUUGCAACAUUUAUCACCUGCCUUUCUUGUAGACAAAAAUGGUGGGUGUAAUAUUAGAGAGUUGGGUAAUCUUCAAGAUCUGCGUGGUUUUUUUGGGAUAAAAAAUCUUGAAAGUAUAGUGAAUGUUGGAGAUGUUAGGGAGGCCAAAUUGAAAGAUAAAAGGCGUAUUACAGUGGUGGAAUUAGAGUGGUGUGGUGAAACGGAUGAUUCAGAGAAAGCACGAGAGGUACUUGAGGCGCUUCAACCUAACACAAAUGUCCAAAACCUAAGAAUUUUGAAUUACAAGGGUACAAGCUUUCCGAGUUGGAUAGGGCAUCAUUCAUUCAGUCAAAUAGUAUAUCUGUCUCUAUCUGGAUGUAGUAAUUGUUAUUUGCUGCCGCCACUUGGACAGCUACCUUCCCUGAAAGAUCUUGAACUUCGGGGAUUUGAAAUGGUGGAGAGAAUAGGUGAUGAAUUUUAUUAUUCCUGCAGCAGCGGUAGUAUUGGUUCUUCUUCCAUGACUAAUGCACCAGUACUAGUACCAUUCAAGUCCUUGGAAUCUUUACGCCUCAAGGAUUUCAGUGAAUUAAGAGAAUGGAAGGAGUGGUCAUUAAUGAUGGGAGGUGAUGUUGGAGGAGGAGAAGGUACUAGAGCUUUCCCAUUACUCAAAACGCUUAAAUUAUCAGGUUGUCCGAAGAUAAAUGAGGACAGCUUACCUUCUAAUUUUCCAUCCUCCACAAUUCUUCUAAUCAGGGAGGGAUGCCAACAACUGGUGGCUUCGCUCCAAAGUCAUCAACCUCCACGGCUGGGUGAAUUGCUGCUACAUAAUGCAGACGUGGUGUCAUUUCCACCACAAGAUGGAUUGCCCUCCAAUAUCCAUACAAUUUUAAUUUUUGGAUGUGACAAACUGAAGUCACUUGCGAAACAGGGAUGGCCGGCAAAUUUGAAAUCGCUUCGUAUUGAAAGUUGCAAAAACCUGUUGGUGGACGUAGAUUCAUUUCCGGAGGAAGGGCAACUUCCCACAACUCUGACUCGUCUUAAGCUUGUAUAUGUUGAAAAGCUUAAAUCAUUAAAUGGAAAGGCUCUUCGAGACCUGGUCUGCCUUGAACGACUCAGCAUUAAACAUUGCCAUCAGCUGCUGCGCUUGCCAGAAGAAAGGCUACCCGAUUCUAUUUCUCGGUUGACCAUCACAAGCUCUAUUGGUCGGCUAGCCUACAGGUGCAAGAGAGAUACAGGGGAAGAUUGGCCAAAAAUUGCUCACAUCCCUCGCAUCAAAGUUGUUAAACUUCCUUGAUUCAAGAUUCGGAUGAAGAGUAGUUUUAAUGAACAUGUCCCUCUUUAGGUAAUUUACAUAUAUAUAUAUAUAUAUAUAUAUAUUAUUGUUGACAUUUUGCUUCAACUUUUUCUUUUACAAAAGUUUUACUUUUAGAUGAAUGUUAUGUCAUCUCUUCACUUAUUUUAAACAAUAAUGUUACGAUACCAAUUUGUCAAACAUUAAUAUAUUCGACACACAAUUUUCCAUAUAUCAUUAGUAUAAAUAUAAUUGAUACUUAUAGCAUUAGUGUUCUACAAGCACUUGUUACUCAUCAUUUUGCAUUCCGAUUCCCAUAUGUGCCUAAUACACUUUGUGCAUGUUUGAAGUGUAGCAUUAAAGCCCAAUCCAAUUUAGUUUUACAUUCAAAUAAACCAUUUAAUCUUAAUUUUGAGUUAAAAUAUUUUCGAGGAUACAUAUGUGUAUGUUGCUUUCAUCUUUUAUUGCUUGUUUGAUCGUCCGAUUACAAAAGUACCUUAUCAGGGUCGUUCUGAACUCAUUUGAUUAAAUUUCCAAGGAUUUGUCUCUGCUUCUCAUUCAAUUUACAUUGUUAGUAAUUAAGAUAAGUCAUCAAUUUACAUUUGCCAAUUCAAAAGAAUUUCAGUUUGAGAUGGGUUUUUACACACCUCUGGAAAAACCUAAUGAUUAUAUUUCAUGGAUUCCAAGUUCU